AUGGGCGGCGGACGCCCCGGGGCAGCGCCCCCAGGAGGCGGGGCGGGGCGGGGCGGCGCGGAGGCGGGCACCGCAGCGGCCCGGCCGACCGGCCCACGGCCCUUCUCAAGCCUGUCUGGCCGAUGGAGCGCGGGCGGGAGGAGGAACGCGGGGCGCCCCUACCCUCUCAUCGCUCCGGGGAACCCGGGUCGCGGCGCCCGGAGACUCCGGCGGCAGCCGGAUGUGCUUCCAUGGCGGAGGCCGUGCACCAGCCAAGGGGAGAGAAGGCGAGCAGUGGAACGCGCGGCACACACGGCCCUUGUCGCUGCCCGCCCGAGGGUCCCUCGGCCCCAGGGGCCGCAGAUAACGUCUCCCGGCCGCGGCCGCGAUGCUUCUCCGCCCCAAGCCCCCCGCCCUGCAUCAGCUCAUCAGCGAGCGCCCCCACCGCCCGCCUCCUCCGCGGCGCGGGGGCUUCUGGGAGAUGGAGUGCAGAGCCGAGGGGGAGCCUUGAGGAGGUCGCCCCGUGCGGACUACAACUCCCAGAAUGCACCGCCAGCUGGGCCGCUUGGCUUCUCCCUCCCUCUCGCCCCUCUGCCUUUGGUUAUUCUCAAACCACAGCCUCUGUCUACCGACUGCGGGUUUGUGUUCUGGGAACUUGGCUGCCUCUCGGUGCUGGGCUCCAGCGCCAGAGUGAUUUCAAACAUGAUUUUGUUUAAAACCAUGACCCACGAAGCACGAAGAGGGAAAAAAGGGAAGGCAGCUGCCUGAAAAACUGGUUGCAUGUGAACCUAGCCCUGUUGCUGGGGGCGAAGGUUGGAUACUUGGGACUUUUGAGGAAAUACCAACGUCCUGCCAAAGACAAGAUCCAGAAGCACGGAAUCUCCCUUUUACCCCAGUUACAGAUGUUGCUCUGUGUUUGCAUAGCUCAUGUAUUUCGGAAACGGCCCGCGAGGGACUUAAGGACAUCUAUUUUGCCCUUAAUUCUCCUGAGUUGUAAAUUUAAUUCAGCUGUUGCCUUGAGACCAAGCGACAGACGACCCCCAACUGAAGAUUUUGCCACACAGGCUAGAACAAGCCCCUGUGAAACAAGACAGUCUGAUAGUCUUAACUUCUCUGAAUUUAAACUCCUCAUUUCCACCAGAUUUUAGUCAUUCCUUAAAGAGGUACCCCCAGAAGAAAAGACGGUAAAUGCACAUCCUACUUCUGGAAGGAGCCAGGCCCAGCUGGAGACCCAGGAGAGUAGAGGAGAAAUUUUACUUCACUUACAAGUCUCAAGGUGACCUUGAGGAUGCAGUGACCUCAAGUGACCUGCAAGGAUGUGGACGUGGGCUAAUGAAG